UUCUCAAAAUCGCGAGUGUCUUGACCUCGAGGCUCGAAAGCGUUCCCGCUGCACGAAUCCAUUAUUUCUGCAACAACACUAUUCGUAACGCAGAUCGUCCAAUUCGACAUGGAAAACAUCCGACACGACCCAAAUUAUAUCCGCAUAGAGUUUCCUCUCGGCGCGCAGAAGUCUAAAUGCAAUCCAACACCUCAACAGAGAGCAGUUUACAAUUUCCACGAAGCGCGGCGCAGCAAUGAAGCCUUGGAUAUAUACGCAUCUACAUGGUUCGAGAGAACAGAAAACUUCCUGGAGCAUGCACGUCCUACUGCACAAAGUACAGUGUUAAAGGAUUGGGAUAUGAUUAGAGAUCUUGACUUUGGGGAAUUCUAUCUUGCUCAUCCAAUCGCAGGCUAUUCCUUAUGGCAGUUUAUCCAUGCGUGUGACGAACUUGAUGCAACCGUCUCUGGUUCAUCGAAAAUUGAAUCUUUGUUGGGGCUCAAGCCAUUCCAGUUCUUGGAGAAUAGUGAAAGGCAAGAGAUAUGGCGGAAGUCUUUAGAUCAUGUGAAGAAAGAGGUUGAGGGUGGAAGUCGUCGUGGAGAAUAUCUCCUCCAGAAAUUACACUUGAUCUUUAACGACCUGGAGAAGCUGGACAGUGCUUUCCAACCGCUCCACGAAACCUUUCUUGGCAACCUCGAGGGCAAGUAUCUUGCAGACCGUAUGAUGAAAACGAUUUGUACAGCCUACGAUUGGAGGCGUCAGAUGAUUGCCAAUCUUUCUCUCAUCGACGACCCCGCAGACGUUGCGCACAGCAGUUAUGAGCUGUCAGAAACUGAAGAUCUUACCAGUUCAAGGGCACAGAAGUUGGAGAUAAGGGGAACAUCACGCCAUCGCCCGAAGUCUCAAAUGAAGAAGAAGCGUGCUAAUCGGCGGAAAACUCAAUCGAGAGUAGUUAACUCGCCAAUGACAAGUUCUCGUGCAUCUACGACAGUCAUUUCUGGCUUCUCCGUCUGGCCGUUGCUUGUUCUCGUAAUCGCUCUAGCUCUAUACAUGUACAUGUACAUUUUGUAAUAAGCAAAAGGUCGCGCAUUUCAGACAGUGGUGGACUCCAUUUCAUGUCAUAAAUUGAGAGCCGUGGAAACGGAGAGUGCAGAGUGUUGCUGCUGGUUCAUAGCAUCGGCUUAAGAUGUUCA